AUGUCAUCAACGAAUUCGGAGCAUUGGUCAAAUGGCCUGUUGCCUGUUACUUAUGAAAUAAACACAUGUGUGGCUUGUGAUACCAAUUAUACACCAUACGAGGUAAUGUUUGAACAAAAGCUUCUCACAACUAACAUUCUGACAGCUGUUCAAAAGAAACGAAAAUUAUACGACGAACAUUUAACAUUAAAAGCAGAACAGUAUAAAGUAGGAGGUCGUGUAGGGAUUCAAAUAAGUGAAGUUCAUCGAACACAUAUUGAUGUUAAACUUUUGCCAUGUUUCACUCUUUCAAAAGAUAAAAAAAAAUAA